AGUAGACAGCCUAGACAUGAGGGAGGAAUUGAAGGAAUGUCGAACUGAGCCAAUUGACCAAGUAAAACCUGUGGUUCUUGAUGAGAAGAGGCCCGAGCGUAUAGUCAACAUUGGUGUAGACAUGGAUCCAAGCUUUAUGGUGCGAUUGGAAAAUUGCUUAAGGGAGCAUAAAGACAUUUUUGCAUGGUGUCCAAUAGACAUGCCAGGUAUCGAUCCAAAGGUUGCAUGCCAUAGGCUUGGAGUUAACCUAGAUGUUGUUCCUGUUAGACAGAAACCACGGAGAGCAAUGAAAUCACAAGUACUAGCAGAUUUCAUAGCAGAGUUAAGCAAGGAGGAAAAGGCUGUAAUGCAGGCACCAGCCAUAGAUGUACCAUGUAAGAGGAAAGCUCCAGAGCCAAAGAAACCAACAAAAAACCUACCUUCUAACCUUGUGUGGAACCUAUAUGUUGAUGGGUCUUCUAAUGCAGCAGGAAAGUAUGAGGCACUUCUUGGGGGAUUGAGACUUGCCAAGGCAGCAGGAGUGGAGUACUUGAGGAUUUAUAGUGAUUCACAACUUAUAGUGAAUCAAGUCAAUGGUGACUUCAUUGCAACAGAGCAGGUCAUGGCUCAAUAUUUGUCUCUAACUAUGCAAUUUUUACAAUCCUUCCAGGGAUAUGAGUUGAGCCAAGUAAGAAGGUCAGAGAACCUUAAAGCCGAUGCCUUAGCAAAGCUGGCAAGCACAGGGCUAGGGCCUGUAGAAGCACAGGUAGUGUUGGAAGAGGUACACGAAGGACUUUGCUCGAGCCAUAUGGCGGCAGAUUCUCUAGCACGUAAAAUCCUCCGCCAAGGCAAUUUUUGGCCUACACUGAAAGCUGAUGCUAAAGCAUAUGUCAACAAGUGUGAUAGAUGUCAGAGAUUUGCCCAUGUCCAGCAUCAACCUACUAACCCUUUGCACAUGAUAGUAGCCCCAUGGCCUUUUGCUCAAUGGGGGAUGGACAUCCUUGGUCCUUUCCCCGAGGCUAAGGGAAGAAAAAAGUUCCUUAUUGUGGCCAUAAACUACUUUACUAAGGUUCUAGUUACAGAUAAUGGAAUGCAAUUUACAAGUGAGGCCUUCAAAGAUUUCUGCCAAAUAGGAAAGAUAAAGAGGAGGUUUUCGAUGAGAGCACAAUUAGAGACAGAAGGUUUGAGUUUACAACAAAUUGAGCAAAGGUUUGCUUCUGUAGCUUAUCCAAAGUCUAAUGGACAGGCAAAGGCAGCAAAUAAGGCUAUUUUGGAGAGUUUAAAGGAGAAGGUAGGGUUUGCAAAAGGAACUUGGACAGAGGACUUGCCAUACACUUUAUGGGCGUACAGAACAACACAUAAGACUCCAACAGGAGAAACUCCAUUCAAUUUAACAUAUGGUUCAGAAGCUGUGGUGCCGGUUGAAGUUAAGCUAGGGAUCUGUCCCAAAUCCAUGUUGCCCAUUACCAUAAGAGAGUGGAGAAGUACUACAACAGUAAAGUUAGACCCAAGGACUUACACCAAGGAGACUAGGUCUUACGAAAGGCAGAGGUCACAGAGCGCAAUUCUCGUGAAGGGAAGUUACGCCCUAGUUGGGAAGGACCAUAUUUGAUUCAAAAAGACUUGAGUAAUGGAGCUUUUAAACUUGUUAAGCCGAGUGGAACUCCGAUCCCAAGGGCUUGGAAUGUAGUUCAUCUGAAGAAGUAUUAUUAGUAAUUUUUUCUUGUUUUAGCAAGGUUGAAUAAAUUUUGUGAAUAAAACAUUUUCCAAUGU